ACCGUUUCUGACUUUAAUAAAUACAUUGAUUAACAGUUUGUUUUCGUUGUUACAUUAUUAUUAUUUCCUUUUCACCGUUUCUUCUCUUCUCCGUUCAUUCCAACUCUUUUUUUUUUUCUUUCUGCCGACACCUACUACCAUCUAAUCUAAUCUAAAAAAAUAUAUUCUAAUAUUCUAAAUUUUGUUCUGUUUUUCUGUUUCUUUCUUUCUAUUUUCAUGCUUCCAUUAUUUCACAAAUUCUCCAAUAUUUGUUCACCAUUCCAUUCUCCACAUGUCUGGUCCUCUUGAUCGCUUCGCUCGUCCAUGUUUUGAAGGUUUUUCUGGUAACGAUGAAAGAAGAGAGCAGAGGAAAUCAGAUUUUGAGAAUUCGGAAGAUGAUAAUAGGAGAACAAGAAAUGGAAGUUUGAAAAAGAAAGUCAUAAAUGCUUCCAGUAAAUUUCGGCAUUCUCUUAGGAAGAAAAGCAGCCGGAGAAAGAAUCCUAGUCGGAGUAAUUCGCUUGCCAUUGAAGAUGUUAGAGAUGUUAAGGAGUUACAAGCAGUGGAUGCUUUUCGACAUUCACUAAUUUCAGAUUGUUUGUUGCCAUCAAGACAUGAUGAUUAUCAUAUGUUAUUGAGAUUCUUGAAAGCGAGGAAAUUUGAUAUUGAAAAGGCAAAGCUCAUGUGGGCUAACAUGAUCCAGUGGAGGAAAGAGUAUGGUACUGAUACAAUUAUGGAGGAUUUUGAGUUCAGUGAGUUGGACGAAGUCCUACAAUAUUAUCCACAUGGUUAUCAUGGUGUUGAUAAAGAAGGAAGACCUGUUUAUAUUGAGAGGCUAGGUAAAGUUGAUCCCAAUAAGCUUAUGCAAGUAACUACCAUGGAAAGGUAUUUAAAAUACCAUGUACAGGGUUUUGAGAAAACGUUUGCUGUUAAGUUUCCUGCUUGUUCUAUUGCUGCAAAGAGACAUAUAGAUUCAAGUACAACCAUUUUGGAUGUUCAUGGUGUGGGUUUCAAAAACUUCUCCAAAAUUGCACGUGAACUCAUCCAGCGGCUGCAGAAAAUUGAUGGUGACUACUAUCCCGAAACAUUAUGUCGAAUGUUUAUAAUCAACGCUGGUCCUGGUUUCAAGCUACUUUGGAACACAGUGAAAACAUUUCUUGAUCCCAAAACUAGUUCAAAGAUAAAUGUUCUUGGAAACAAGUUCCAGAGUAAGUUGUUUGAAAUUAUUGAUGUCAGUGAGCUGCCAGAGUUUCUUGGUGGUAGUUGUACUUGUAUAGAUCAAGGUGGUUGUAUGAGGUCUGAUAAAGGGCCAUGGCAGGAUCCAAACAUUUUGAAGAUGGUUCUCAAUGGUGAAAUACAAUGUUCUAGACAGAUAGUAACUAUUUCUAAUGAUGAGGGGACAGUGAUUGAAUGUGAUAAGGCAUCCUUUCCAAUGGUGCAGAUAAGAAGUAGUGAUACAUCAACAGCAGAAUCAGGAUCUGAAGUUGAAGAUAUCACUUCCCCCAAAGCAAGUGGGAAUUAUACAAACCCUAGGUUGACUCCUGUCCAUGAAGAAGCAAGAUUGGCUGGUAGGGCUGGUCUUUCUGCCGGUUUACCUGAGUAUGAUGAGUAUGUUCCCAUGGUUGACAAGACUGUGGAUGUUACGUGGAAGGAGAAACAAGUUUCAACUAAAAACUCACAUGGCUCAACAGAAAAAUAUCUAUCGAGGCCUGGAGGAUCGGAUGGAAACCGUGUAUAUAUCUGGGCUAUUAUAAUUGGCUUCUUUGUUGCCAUUUUUACUUUUGCUCGCUCAAUAGCAUUUCGUAUGACUAAGAGAAUAAAGGACAAUGAAUCUGACAGUGUCCAACCAAUAAUCAAGGAGGAAUCUCUACCCCUGUCACCUGCUCCCAUAUUGACAAAGGAAGAACUUGCUCCAUCAGCUUUGGAACGCCUUUGUGAGCUUGAAGAGAAGGUUGUAAUGCUGCAGUCAAAACCUAAUGUAAUGCCAUGUGAGAAAGAGGAGCUGCUGAAUGCUGCUGUUUAUCGCGUGGAUGCAUUGGAAGCUGAAUUGAUUACUACAAAGAAGGCUUUAUACGAAGCUUUGAUCAGACAAGAGGAACUUAUGGCAUACAUAGACGGUCAGGAAAGAAGAAAAUUCGAGAAAAGGAAGUUUUGCCGGUUUUGAGAUAAGAACGAAGCUGUUCCCGAAUGUGAUGGAUGAUCUACUUCUUUUCUGCUUGUAUAUUUGUGCUUCCCAAGAGUUGUCUUCAAGUUGGCUUGUCCAUUGUAAACAUAAAAUUAUUGUCUGAUUCAUGGAACUAUACAUGUAUAUGGCUACUUUCUCUAAAUUUUAACAUUGUUGAUGUGAGUAUUGAAUUGUAAAUUAUUGCAUGACAUUUAUCAAGUUCAAUCAAAGUUUUAAGGUGAAGUUUGAUCCAUA